CGGGCUCCCAAGAUAAUUCAAGAUCUAUUUUCAACAAUGGUGCCUGUCAAAAAUUUGACCAUGGACUUCAAGAAAUAUCGUAUUUUUUGACUUUUUUCCGGAAACAUGGACAACCCAUGCAAGCCCAAAAUCGACGAGAAACUCUACAAUUGUCCGAAGCUUACGGAAACGAACAUCAAAGGUGACGCGAGCGUUUUCGACUCUAACGAGUUGCAAAAGGUGGAGUGCGGCAAAGGGAAUUUCUGGGGGAGCAAAACCGAUUCGGAAGCGACAGGCAAAAAUUUAAACGAAGAUGGAUCGCUACAAGUACAAAAAGUCGAAGUCAUGGCUCCCCCACCGUACUCAGACUUGGGCAAACAAGCCAAAGACGUAUUCGGCAAAGGUUACCACUUCGGUCUAGUCAAGUUGGACGUCAAAACCAAAUCCACCUCGGGAGUGGAGUUCAGCACCAGCGGUUCGUCCAAUCAAGAAUCGGGCAAGGUUGCCGGUUCUUUGGAAACCAAGUACAAAGUCAAAGAUUACGGUUUGACUUUUACUGAAAAAUGGACGACUGAUAAUACGCUGAGUACUGAGUUGGCUGUACAAGAUCAAGUUAUACCCGGGUUGAAGUUGUCCACGGCUUUGAAUUUCGCUCCUCAAACUGGACAAAAAACUGGCAACGUCAAGGCCGCCUUCGUCAACAAACAAAUUGCAGUAAAUGCGGAUUCCGACUUUACAGCCGACGGUGGUCUUUUGCCCAAUCUUACCGCAUCAGCAGUGGUAGGCUACCAGGGAUGGUUGGCCGGUUACCAAGCCGGUUUCGACGUCAACAACAAAAAGUUGACCAAAAGCAACUUCGCCUUGGGUUUCACUUCUGGAGAUUUUACUCUUCACUCAAAUGUAAAUUGUCUAGAAGAAAAAGGAGUUACCUUUGGAGGUUCGAUUUAUCAGCAAGUUACACCGAAAUUAGAGUACGGCAUUAUGGCUCAAUGGGUGAAUGCCGACGCCGAAGGCGGCGAAGAUGCCGACAGUGACAAUGUAAAUUUGUCUGUUGGUCUUCAGUUUCAAUUCGAUAAAGAAGCGUCUAUUCGUGCCAUGGUUGACAAAAAUCUCCAAGUAGGCCUCGGUGACGAUGGUCAAGAGUUUGGUGGUUCAAUCUACCAGAAAAUCAACCCCCAAUUGGAAACUGGAGUUUCUCUUAACUGGUCAGCAGGCAGUAGCAACACCAAGUUUGGCAUCGGUGCUAAAUACAAUUUGGACAAGGAUGCUGCUUUGCGUUUCAAAGUUAACAACCAAAGUCAAAUUGGGUUGGGGUACCAACAACGUUUACGCGACGGUGUUACUUUGACAUUAUCUUCAUUAAUCGAUGGUAAAAACUUCAACCAGGGAGGCCACAAAAUCGGUUUGGCUUUAGAAUUAGAGGCUUAAACUCGUUAGAGAUCCACUAUUGAGAAAAAAAAAUCUAUGAUCUUAGAGAUAUGGUUUACAGAAAUCUUUUUUUUUUUUUAGUAUUAUCACACUGAUUGUAAUGUCCUAAUGUGUAGCUUCUGAUCAUAAAGGAUUAAAGGGCGACUUCAUUAUAUGUCUUUUGUGGCUACACCUAUUUUUUUUUAUAAAUCAUGUUGUUGGUUUAAAGUGAGUCUUUUAAUUGUUAAAAUAAAGAAAAAAUAAUUUAUAGUCUAUAAGA